GAGAUCGAAGGGAGUGCAUUGUAUUUGCUGAUCUGAAUUGAUGGCUGCAUUAUAUCGAUUGUUGUCUUUCUUGGUUUUGGGUGUUUUCUUAACAGGGAGCUUCUGUGAUGCAAGUGAACAAGUGGGUAUAUAUGAGAUCAAGAGAGGCAGCUUCUCUGUGAAGAUCACAAACUAUGGAGCAACUGUUAUCUCUGUCAUCCUCCCUGAUAAAAAUGGAAAAUUGGGAGAUGUAGUUCUUGGAUUCGAUUCUGUUGAUGACUACAAGAAUGACACAGCCUAUUUUGGUGCUAUAGUUGGGCGUGUUGCUAACAGGAUUGGGGGAGCAAGCUUCAAGCUUAAUGGUGUGGAGUACAAAUUGCCUGCAAAUGAUCAUGGAAACACUCUCCAUGGGGGUAUCAAAGGAUUCAGUGAUGUGAUAUGGACUGUGGAAGAUUACAAGAAAGACAGCCAUCUGACUCUCUCAUACAACAGCUAUGAUGGAGAACAAGGAUUUCCUGGGAAUCUGUCUGUUACUGUGACUUACCUGUUCAUUGGCAAAAACAAGCUGGGAAUAAGAAUGAAAGCCAAAGCUCUGAACAAGGCUACACCAGUGAAUCUAGCCUCACAUACCUACUGGAAUCUUGGUGGCCAUGACAGUGGUGAUAUCUUGUCGCAUACUAUCCAGCUCUUCUGUUCCAAGAUCACUCCUGUGGAUGAAAAGCUCAUCCCCACUGGUGCCAUUUCACCGGUGAAAGGGACAGCGUUUGAUUUCCUGCAGGCACGGGCUAUAGGGAGCGAGUUGAAUGAGCUUCCGGGUGGAUAUGAUAUAAACUAUGUUUUGGACAGCCAUGGUUUGAAGCAUCUGGGCAAGGCUGCUGUGGUGGUAGACAGCAAGUCGGGUAGAAAAAUGGAGCUGUGGACUAACAAGCCUGGUGUUCAGUUUUACACGAGUAAUAUGUUGACAGAUACAAAGGGGAAAGGCGGAUAUGUUUACAAAAAACACGCUGCAUUGUGCUUGGAGACGCAAGGCUUUCCAGAUUCUGUGAACUUCCCGAAUUUCCCUUCCCAGAUUGUGAAUCCGGGUGAGACUUAUGACCAUGUUAUGGUUUACCGGUUCACUACUCAUGAUGCCUCCCACACCGGCUACUGAUAGGGAUCCAACGCAAUAUAAAACCUACGCAAGUUAGUUUUUGUCGGGUAAUUAUGAUCUAGGGACAGAGGCAAUAGUACUUCAUCUAAAUUCAGCUUUCUUGGGUCCUUUUGUUAGUGGGAAAGGGUGAAGCAAAUUGCUUUGUUGUGUGUAUCCAAUAAAAGUGUAGGGUCAAGCAAUUUGCCAUAA